UGGCGGUGGUGCUGAAACAGUGAAGAUGGCGUGCUGCAGGAGCUGUUUAUGUUGCCAGUGCUGUUGCAGAGAUGCAGAAACCAGGACGCCCGAGGAACUGACCAUCCUGGGAGAGACCAGAGAGGAAGAGGAUGAGAUUCUGCCCAGGAAGGAUUAUGAGAGCCUGGACUAUGACCGCUGCACCAAUGAGCCAUACAUGGAGGUGCUUGAGGGACUGGACAACAAGAAAGCCAAAAAGUACGAGGCGGUGAAAUGGAUGGUGGUGUUCGUAAUAGGAGUAUCUAUAGGGCUGGUCGGCCUGUUUGUGGAUUUCUUUGUCCGCCUCUUCACGCAGCUGAAGUUCAGUGUGGUUGGAAGCUCGGUGGAGGAGUGCAGUGAGAAGGGCUGCCUGGCGCUGUCCCUGCUGGAGCUGCUGGCCUUCAACAUGACCUUCAUCUUCAUCGCCAGCGUCCUCGUCCUCAUAGAGCCUGUGGCAGCUGGUUCAGGUAUCCCGGAGAUCAAGAGCUACCUGAACGGGGUGAAGAUACCUGGCAUCGUGCGCCUGCGAACCUUCAUGUGCAAGGUGGUGGGAGUGCUGUUUGCAGUGGCAGGAGGUCUGUUUGUGGGCAAAGAGGGGCCGAUGAUCCACAGCGGUGCCAUCGUUGGAGCUGGACUGCCCCAGUUCCAGAGCAUCACUUUCAAGAAGAUACAGUUUCACUUCCCCUACUUCCGCAGUGAUCGGGACAAGCGUGACUUUGUGUCAGCGGGGGCGGCGGCGGGUGUGGCGGCUGCCUUCGGGGCUCCUAUCGGGGGCACCCUCUUCAGCCUGGAGGAGGGCUCCUCCUUCUGGAACCAGGCCCUCACAUGGAAAGUGUUGUUCUGUUCCAUGUCGGCCACCUUCACUCUAAACUUCUUCCGGUCUGGCAUCAACUACAACAAGUGGGGCGCCUUCCAGUUGCCAGGCCUGCUCAACUUUGGAGAGUUCAAGUGUUCUGACGGUGAUAAGGCGUGUCACCUGUGGACUGCGGUGGACUUGGCCUUCUUCGUGCUGAUGGGCAUAGUGGGGGGGCUCCUGGGGGCCCUCUUCAACUGCAUCAACAAACGCCUGGCACGCUACCGCAUGAAGAACGUGCACCCCAAAGCACGCGGAGUCAGGGUGGUGGAGAGCCUGCUGGUGUCCAUGGUAACGACGGUGGUGAUCUUCGUGGCAUCCAUGACUCUGGGAGAAUGCCGAGACCUGACGCCUCCCAACCCAACACACAACGCCACAGCACUGGAUUCUGGGGGUGUGGAUGUGAACUCCACCAUCAGACAGUUCUUCUGCUCCAAUAACACCUACAAUGACAUGGCCACCCUGUUCUUCAACCCCCAGGAGGUGGCCAUUCACCAGCUCUUCCACCAGGAGGCUACCUUCAGUCCGGUGACGUUGUCUCUGUUCUUCGUGCUCUACUUCCUGCUGGCCUGCUGGACCUAUGGGGUGUCCGUCCCCUCCGGCCUCUUCGUCCCCUCCCUGCUCUGCGGAGCCUCCCUGGGACGCCUGCUGGCCAACGUCCUCAAGAUAAAUCUGGGCAUGCACAUCUACUCCGGGACCUUUGCCCUGAUUGGUGCAGCAGCCUUCCUGGGGGGCGUGGUACGCAUGACCAUCAGCCUGACCGUCAUCCUCAUCGAGUCGACCAAUGAGAUCACUUAUGGCCUGCCCAUCAUGAUCACACUCAUGGUGGCCAAGUGGACAGGAGACUUCUUCAAUAAGGGCAUUUACGACAUCCACAUCCUGCUGAAGGGAGUUCCACUACUGGAGUGGGAAACAGAGGUCGAGAUGGACAAGUUGACGGCGAGUGACAUCAUGGAGCCCAACCUGACGUACGUGUACCCCCACACCCGCGUGCAGUCGCUGGUCAGCAUCCUGCGCACCACCGUGCACCACGCCUUCCCCGUGGUCACCGAGAACAGAGACAACGAGAAGGAGUUCAUGAAAGGCAACAUACUGAUCAGUAAUAACAUCAGGUUCAAGAAAACGAGUGUGUUAACGCGAGCGGGCGAGCAGCGUCGGCGGUGCCAGUCGAUGAAGUCGUACCCGUCCAGCGAGCUGCGGAACGUGUGUGAUGAGCAGGCGGCCGCAGCGGCCGCAGUGCCCACUGAGGAGGGACAAGACAUCCUACAGCAGAUGCUGGAGAGAAGGCACCAGCCGUACCCCAACCUGUACCCAGACCAGUCUCCCAGCGAGGACUGGACUAUGGAGGAGCGCUUUCGACCUCUGACCUUCCACGGCCUCAUCCUGCGAUCGCAGCUCGUCAACCUGCUCAUACGCGGAGUCUGCUACGCAGAGAACCAGUCGAGCGCUUCCCAGCCGCGUCUCUCCUUCGGGGAGAUGACUGAGGACUACCCACGAUUCCCUGACAUCCACGACCUCGACCUGGCACUGCUCAACCCACGCAUGAUCGUGGAUGUCACGCCGUACAUGCACCCCAGCCCCUACACGGUGUCCCCCACCACACACGUGUCUCAGGUCUUCAACCUCUUCAGGACCAUGGGCCUCAGACACCUGCCCGUCGUCAACGCCGUGGGAGAGAUCGUAGGCAUCAUCACGAGACACAACCUCACACACGAGUACCUGAUGGCCAAACUCCGACAGCAUUACAUCACCAUCUGAGGGGAGGGGCCAGGAUAACACUGGCUUCACCGAUUGGACUGUUUAGUUGGCCCAAGGCCACACCCACCAACUCACCCACCCACCCACCUCCAGACAGACCAGCACGCCAUGUAUGGGUGGACGUGGACAACGCCCCCCCCCCCACCAAACCACCCCCCUCCGCUGCCUACUCCUGGCACCACAUGGUACCACCAACCAGAU